AAAUAAGGCAGAGAUAUUCCUUCAAUUCACUUUCCAUGAUUUGAGGUUGAGUUACAACUUUUUGCUUCCACCAAUCAUAUCCACUUUCAUUCCAGCCUCUCUAUUAUCAUAAUCUAUUCUUAUUCAUAAGGCAAGUUAAUAAAAAAAGUAAAAUAUCAAUAUUUUAUUCCAACUUUUCCUUAAUAUAAGGAUUUGAUUACUCUCUAAUCUCUAUUAUGUUGGUGAGAAACCAUAGAAGGAAAUUUUGAUUAAAAAAAAAAAAAAACCGUGGUUUUAAAUUCCUUCCUACAUUUUCGUUUGAAACAUGUUUUGUCUCUGAGAUUUCAACGCACAUUGAUUUGGGGGUUAAAGAAGAAAGAACAGUGUGAGAUUUGAAGAAACGUAUCAAUGGGCGGUUGUGCUACAAAACCGAAGGUGAUCAAGGAUGAUGACACGGCGGCACCUGAACCACAACCAGAACCAAAACAUGUCAAGGAACACAAAGUCAAGGAGGCAGAACAAAAACAACAAGGUGGUGGUGGUGGUGGUGGUGUCAAUCUCAAUGUUGAUGAUGAUCAAUCAACUAAACAACGUUCUCUUAGUUUGUUGUUCAAUAAAGAGAAUGAUGAUGAUGCAAAGGUUUCCACCAAGGCUGAGGAAACUGUGAAACAAGAAACAUUAGAAGCAGUGAAACCUUUGGGGGAUACUAAAAGCAGCGAGCCGGAGUUGAAACAUGAAUCUCCAAAAAAACUAUCUGAGGAAACCAAAAACAAUGAGCCAUCUACAAAACAAGAAACUGAUGCAGUGUUUGUUGAUGCUGAGGAAAAGCCUUCACUGCAAAAUCAAAGCACUGGUCCAGCAACUGAAGUGACUGUGCAGAUAGAAACAUCAGAAGAAGCUAAGAAAACUUCAGAAGAAACUAUAAUCAAUGAACCAGCUAAAGAAAUAGCGGCGAAACAAAAUCAAAAUGCUAAUGCAGCUGAGAUUACUCAAGAGAAUGAAGAUGCAAAGGUUUCCAUAGAAAAUGUAAAAAAUGUAGCUGAGGAAACUGUGAAACAAGAAACAUUAGAAGCCGAGAAACCUUUCCUGGAUGCUAUAUCCAACGAGCCAACAGUGACACAAGAAUCUGUAAAGAUAGAGGAAAAACUAUCUGAGGAAACCAAAAACAAUGAGCCAACUACAAAACAAGAACCUGCAGUGGUUGUUGAUGCUGUGAAACAAGAAAUAAUAGAAGCCGAGAAACCUUUCGAGGAUGCUAUAACCAACGAGCCAACGUUGAAACAAGAAUCUUCAAAGAUAGAGGAAAAACUAUCUGAGGAAAUAAAACACAAUGAGCCAACUACAAAACAAGAACCUGCAGUGGUUGUUGAUGCUGUGAAACAAGAAAUAAUAGCAUCCGAGAAACCUUUUGAGGAUGCUAUAACCAUCGAGCCAACAACGAAACAAGAAUCUGCAAAGAUAGAGGAAAAACUAUCUAAGGAAACCAAAACUAAUGAGCCAACUACAAAACAAGAACCUGCAGUGGUUGUUGAUGCUGUGAAACAAGAAAUAAUAGAAGCCGAGAAAUCUUUCGAGGAUGCUAUAACCAAUGAUCAAACACUGAAACAAGAAUCUCGAAAGAUAGAGGAAAAACCAUCCGAGGAAACCAAAAACAAUGAGCCAGCUACAAAACAAGUAACUGCUGAAGUGUUUGUUGAUGCUGCGGAGAAACCUUCGCUGCAAAAUCAAAGCAUUGUUCCAGCUGAAGAGGCUGUGAAGACAGAAGCACCGAAAGAAGCUAAGAAGAUUCCAGAAGAAACUAAAAUCAAUGAGCCAGCUGUAGAAAAUUAUUUGGUGAAACAAAAUCAAAAUGCUAUUGCUACCGAGGUGGCUGUGAUGAAGACUGAAAGAUCAGAAGCUGAGAAAUCUUCAAAGGGAACACAAAGUAAUGAGUUGAAUGAACCAAUGAAACAAGAAAAAUUAUCUGAGAUUCAACCUGCUGAAGAUGAGGUAUUUUCUCUGCCAAAGGAGAAAGUAACUGAAGUGGUUUUAAAAAAUGCAGAUUUUGUGGAGAACAAAGCGGUGAAAGAAAUAUCUAAGGCUUCUGAGUGAUGCUAGCAGUGAAAUUCAUUGAAACCUUGAAAUUUUGAUUCUUAAUAUGUUGUGUGACAUUUCCUAGCUACAUUAUUACUAGUAUUUUUCAUGUGUUAUUCUUUUUUUUUUGUCAAGUAGCCUAGUGGCUAGAAUUUCACCUUUUUUAGGUGAAUAAGCGUGGUGUGAGGUUCGAACCUCUUUUUGUUUAAUAUUUGAUGACUGAUUUUUUGUUCUUGUGAAA